CCUGGGGUGAGCGGAGUCGAGGAGGGGCAAUGCCUGAGGUCCGGAUUAGCCCGUGCUGACCCCGCCGUGCUGGCCCCGGUCCCUGCAGGGACACUCCGGCCUCGCUGCCUCGGGAAGAGCACGGAGCGGCCGAGGAUGCCUGCGGAGGGACCCAGCACUCCUGUCUCCACAUAAGCAGUGCCCGAGGGAGAGACAUGUUGGGACAGCGCCCUCCCAGCUGGCACAAUUCUCCCCGCACCGAGACGAGCAGCGCUGACCAUGGCAGUGGCUUGGAGGCUUCUCACGUGGACUGUCAUCCUCGCCGCGGCCGUGGGCACCUCCCCCGGUUACACCUUCCAGUCACAAGAGGAGUUCCUCUCCAGCCUGGAUCACUAUGAGAUCGCCUUCCCCAUCCAAGUGGACCAAAACGGGGACUUCCUCACCUUCGACAUGCGGAGGCAGCUGAAGCCGCGACCCCGGCGCAGCCUGGGCUCCCUGGCCUACGAGCCCCCCGAGCAGCAGGUCUUCUACAAAGUCUCUGCCCACAGGACCCAGUUCCUGCUCAACCUGACCCUGCACUCCAACCUGCUGGCCGAGCACUUCACCGUGGAGUACUGGAAGCGGGACGGCAUGGACUGGCAGCACGACUUCCACGAGGACUGUCACUACGCCGGCCACCUGCAGGACCAGUACCUGAGCUCCAAGGUGGCCAUCAGCAACUGCAACGGGCUGCACGGGGUGAUCGUGGCAGAUGAGGAAGAAUAUUUCAUUGAACCCCUGAGCCCUGGAGCCAACGUCAGCACGGGGGGAGAGGGCAAGGGCAGCCCCCACGUCGUGUACAAGAGAUCAUCUCUCCAGUACCCCCACAUGGACGCAGCCUGUGGAGUGCUAGAUGAGAAGCCCUGGAAGGGGAGGCACUGGUGGCUGAGGACACUGAAACCCUCCCCUCUGAAGCCAUCGGGCAACCACAGCCAGCGGGGGCAGCUGCCCCUCAAGAGGUCCGUGAGCACCGAGCGCUACGUGGAGACCCUGGUGGUGGCUGACAAGAUGAUGGUGGGGUACCACGGCAGGAGGGACAUAGAGCAGUACAUCCUGGCCAUCAUGAAUAUUGUUGCCAAACUUUUCCAGGACUCGAGUCUGGGCAAUAUUGUCAACAUCCUGGUGACCAGGCUGAUUCUCCUCACCGAGGAUCAGCCCACGCUGGAGAUCAACCACCACGCUGGGAAAUCCCUGGACAGCUUCUGCAAGUGGCAGAAAUCCAUAGUGAACAGGAAUGGCAACGGGAACGCAAUCCCUGAGAACGGCAUAGCCAACCACGACACCGCAGUGCUGAUCACCAGGUGAGGCUGAGCCCGAGCCCACCCCCAGCAGGGGGGUCCAUGCUGUCCUCUCUGGGGCUGUUCUCUGUGCAUCUAUCUGUUCUCUGUGCAUCUGUCUGUCCUCUGCCU